GCCUUUUCUUGUGCAUUUGUUGUGUGCCGGUGAGUACCCGGCUGUGUAACUUGAUAGGGGGCUUCGAGAGGGAAUAAGGGAAUGUGGGGCUGCAAUGGAGCAGAAUGCAAUACAGUGGUUAGGUGCUCCCUCCUGCCUGCGUGGAUCCUUUGCCUUCUAUAAGUCAGUGAGCUGUGAGGCCUUGGCCGGGGCCCCUGCACUGGUCUGGAAACUGGGGGAGUUCUACUAUGUCCGCUGUGGCCCCCAAGAACCUGUUUGCAUUGCUGAGGUGACUUUACUGUGGGAGGACCUGGCCCAACGCCAUCUACUGGCCAGCUCCAGACUCUACUUCCUCCCUGAGGAUACUCCCAAGGGCAGGACCAGAGAGCAUGGAGAGGAUGAGGUGUUGGCCGUCUCGAAGAAGAUAGUGGUGCGGGUGGAGGAUCUGGUGAGGUGGACCUGUCCUGAACCUCCAGGAUGGAAAGGAGGAAGCCAGAAGUCCAGCGAGACCAACAGUCCUCACAAACAUACCCCCAUCAUUACCAAUGGACCCCCAACAUCAAUCGAAGAGAAGGGUGAGCGUCUGGGGGUCAAGGUGCUCAGUUACCCCCAGUACUGCCGCUUCCGCUCCCUCCAGAGACGCAUUCAGGACGGGGUGGUGUUGGGGCUGCAGGGUCCCCAUCUGCUGGCCCUGGGGGGGAUCAGGGUGGCCCAACACAACACCCAGGUCCUCUACUGCAGGGACACCUUCAACCACCCCACCCUGGAUAGCAAUACCAGUGUCUGGACACAGCUGGGAUGCACCUCCCUCAGCUUGAAGGGGCGACCCCUCAAGAGAAGAGGAAGGCCAGAAGGCCAGAAAGCUGUGGAGCCACCAGCCCUCAACCAAUCAGAGUCCUGGAUAGAAAGAAUAACGGAGAAUGUGGUGGGCAGUGAGGAGAUGCAACGUGAAGAGGGCUGUCUCCCCCACCCUGAGGAGCAGAUGUUCCUGGAUCAACUCUACUGCUACAUGGAGCGCUGCGGCUCACCCAUCAGCAAGGUGCCCAACCUCGGCUUCAAGAAGAUUGACUUGUUUGUCAUGUACUCUAUAGUCAAACAGUUGGGGGGCCAUGAGAGGGUGACGUCCCAGCGUCUGUGGAAGAAAGUGUAUAAUGAACUAGGAGGAUGCCCGGGCAGCACCAGUGCUGCCACCUGCACCAGGAGGCACUAUGAGAGGCUGAUUCUUCCUUACGAGGAGCACAGAAAUGUAGGUGGUGCAGAACUAAAACUCCCAGCAUUCUCUGGGCAUACCCGAGUUAUGGCGAUGAGUGGGAGGAGACCGCUGGUGAAGGGGAGAGGAGCAGAGGCCAACCAGGAGAAGACUGUAACUCCUACCCCUCCAACCAUUUCUCCAGACGGUGUGGUGGUAGUGAAGAGAGGCCGUGGUAGACCUCCAGGCAAAAAGAACCAGGUCAAACUCCUAGUCUCCAAGGCCAUUCCAGUGAUCCUGUCUCCGCCAGCUAAACCUAGCCUGGACCUCGGGGCCCAGCCCCCUCUCCAGGCCCCCUCUCUCGAGUCCCUGUCUGUGUUCCAGGGGCUAAACAUGGCCAACCUGCCACUAACCCCAGACCUGUCUCCCAUCUCUGCCCCCUUCCUCCUGCCCAAAACUGAAAGGGAGGUAAAGAUGGAGAACUGGGAUUCUCCAGCACCAUCACCCACUCUGUCUCCUGCCACUUUCUUGCCUGCUCUCCCCAGGCUCCACACAGGGGGGUCCUUCGAAGGGUUCAGCCCCACUAAAGGCCUCUGUACCCUUGAUCUCUUUAGGAGCCAACUGGGCCUCACUAGCCUGGACACCCCUGGUCUAACCCCCCAGAACCCUGCCUCCCACCAGCCCUCCAGCCUUUACCUCCAGGCCAAGACAGGGAACCCAAACACCACCCUUCUCAAUGGGAACCAGCCCCACCCACAGUCUCACCAUCAGUCCCACCACCAGUGCUGGGGGUGCAGGCUGGAUGAGGAAGCCCAGAGGGGGGGUAGGAGCAGCACCAGGGAGGUCCGUAGCAGCAGGCCUCCCCUGCCCCCUCUCCGGGUCCUCCCCCUGGAUCUGGACUGCGGCCUGCAGGUGCGCCAGCUGAUGCGUACGCAUUUGGGCUCGGCCCAGCUCUACUCUAUCACCAAGCGGCUGUCGGAGGUCUUAGCCCAGGACCUGAGUAGCAAGCCACAUCUGUCUGUCACCCCUCCCCCAGAGCAGGCCCUGCCCCUCAACCUCAGCAAGUGCUCCACCACCAAAAGAUCUGCCGUUGAUGAAACUGACUACAGGAUGUCUUCAGGGGAUCAGGAUAAUGGUGACUCCACACUCCCCUUUGCUAAAAGUCGUAGAGUGGAGUCGUGUGAUGAGGCUGAGGACUUGAGCUCACCCAGCAGGGCCAGAGCAUUCCUCCUGGAGCUGCCGCAGCAGACCACUACCAGCCCAGACACCUCUACUACACCUACCCAGUUUUUCCUCACCAAGUCUGGGGAGGCCUGGGGAGACACCCCCCUGGAGAACCAGGGCAGGAAUUCUGACUCUGAGCCAGCAAUCCAGGUGAAGGUGGAAGAGGACCUGAGGGAGAGCAGCUUGGUGGAGCCUGAGGGAGACUGCUCUGUAAGGACAAAGCAGGCGAAAGUGGAAGAGGGAGAAACUGUAAUGAUGGAUAGGGAAGAAGAGAAGAUUGACGAGGUUGAAACCGUUAUCAUUGAGGAUGGUGUACAAACUCAAUCAGAGAAAGAUGAGAUGGAGGGGAGGAAACUAGAGAGGAUAGAAAAACAGUGUAAUACCAUAAAGAUGGGCGGCGGCAUAUCAGAGAUUAUGAAGGGGACUGAGGAUUCCUUAGCCCACUCUGCCAGUGACUCUGGGGGCCAGCAGGUGCCAAUGGAUGAUGAGGAGAUGGAAUGUGAUGUUGAGGCAUCUAUCAAAGGGCUGCCCAGUCCUAACCUACCCCCAACCCAGGCCCAGCCAAGCUGCCUGAACACCUGCACACAACCUCAACUGCACAUAACAUACUCAUGACCAACACCAACAAUCACUACACCACUCUACCUUAUGGGAGGAUACUCUCAAACACACAAUCAAAGAUGAAUCCUAUAAACUCUGUAACGACUCACACACAGACUUUGAAACACUGCCAUUGCCUUUAGAUGACACCAUUAUAUUGUUCUGUAUAGUACUAUGCAUCAUACAACUUUCGUGCUUCCAACUUUAUUACACAAAAAUUAGAGUGCAGAGGUUUUUACAACAAUCCACCAAUUUCCUGAAAAGGAUUGGAUAAAAGAUGUGCCUUAAAGCUGUUGUGCUCUGAUUUCUAGUCAUUCACACAGUACAACAGCCAGGGGUGUAUUCAUUGCCAAAUGGGACGAAAUGGGAAGGGACCCAUCUGAAUUUGUACAAUAGAAACUAGUUGUCAUUGCAAACCAUUUUUCCAUUGUGAAAUGCUUUGCUACAAUGUGCACUAAUGAAUACACCCCAUGAAACAGUGUUUGAGUCCUAUAUGUACUUCCUGUUUGCAAAUCUUUAACACUGACAGGAUUUGCACACCUACUGUACUUGUUCAUUUUUUUUCUUUCUUUUAUGAGGCAGUCAUUUAUGAAUAUUUCCUCUGAUGCCAAUUUUGAUGUAUUUUAAUGUUUGUCUAGUUUAGAGAAACAAUGCUGACACCACUUGAUGUUUUUAGUCCUUGGUGCCUUGAUCAGAGUUUGACCCCAGUAAGUCUGUCAGACAGUUGGUAUGUUGUGUAUGGAUCUGGGGUGUACUCUGAUCUGAUUUGGAGUAGCAGGGGAAUUCUAUUGACUACAAGAACCAAAGGCCUUUCAUAACUCGUUCAAUAGAGAGAGUACACGUUUUCAGUAGUGCUUUAUAGAUUUUUCUCAAUUAUUUUAAAGAUGUAUCCCUGUUUGAUAUAUCUGGAUCAAAAAUUGGAGCUAUUUGUGGUUCAUCCUGUUAGUGUUGAGUGUCUAUCCUCAUUGCAGCCUGAUGUAUUUCUUUAUGUAUAAAAUGGGCAGCGUUCCUUUGAAAGGGCCACAUUGGGUGAGUAGGCAAAAUGUUCUAGUUGAGCUACACAUAAUUUUGGUGUGAUAAGUUCCUCAUCGAGUUGAAUAGGGUUUAGGUAUUUAGUUAAAUUAUUGUUUGUGUAGCUUUUUGAUGUUAUUUUGAUCAUUUAGAGUUUAAGAUAAAAUGUUUACAUUCAAUAAUGCAACUAAUAAUAUUAAGUUGGUUUUGUAUCUUUAGUGCUUUGCAGAUGGUCAGACUGGUACUGUGUUAGAGUUGGUUCACACUAUACCUACUUCUGGAAUGAGAACAAGAGUCUAUCUUCAUUCAACUAUGGUGGACUUAAAGAGAAUCUCUGCUACGUUUUUAUACUUUUUAGCCAGUAGUUCUGAAAGUAGCACUUAUGAGCCAAAAGUAGUCCCGGAAGAUUGCGUACUACGUUACAUUUGCAGAUAUGUGCGACACUUCAUUGCUCACACUCACUCUCUCUCUAUUAAUCUCACUCACUGAGCUGUUGUGCCCACCCUGCAACCUCAUUGGAGAACACUGGGCAUGCCUAUUCCUAGCUGUCACAUUGCUAACGGGCUAGCCCACUAGAAAUGUUGUGGCUAAUUGAGGUAAAACUGUAAUUCUGCUCAUAAAUUAUGCAUGUAUGAACUACACAUUGACACAUCCAUCCCAAAGCGGGAGGAUUACAAAAUAAUUUCUUAGUUGCCAAAGUACCAGAGAAUGUCUUUAAACUAUUGUUAGAAAAAGAAGACAUAGCAUAUGGAAUUGAUUUCCAGUUGACUCCGAUCUACUGUCCCCCCCCCCCUUUAUUACUUGAACAACUGCUACAGAGUUAAUGUCAUGUAGUUAUAUCUCUAUUUAAACCUGUGUAUCAUUUGAGCUCAUCUUGCUCAUGGCAGACAUCAGUCUCUGGUAUUCCUGUCAUUGCAUGUGAGAGUAAGACCAGUGCACAUCUUGACUCCUGUACUCUGACAAUUGAUAAUAUGGUAAUUUCAACCAUUUUUGUUUUAACACUGUAUAUUUAUAUUAAAGAUGUAUCUGUUAA